AUGGAACAGUGGCAGGACGCGGCCUCUAAGCAGGUGAAGUUGCUGACAAAUCGACUGAAUGAACUGCUGUCCAAAGGCCUGGUGUGGCUGAACUCCGAGUUUGGUGUGGAUCUGGGGCUGAAGCCUGAGCUUAUUCCGCCAUGGAUGAUCCUCUUAGCGGCAUGUAUCGGGCUGGUGCUUCUGGUGGCUCUGUGGGCCUCGGUCUGUAGGUCUGUCUUUAGAAGGCGCCCAAAUUUAACCGCAGUGGACGACGGAAUUGAAGCUAAGCGUGGUGUCAGCAAGGGCGUCAAAGCCGAGGAACCGAAGAAAAAGAAGAAGAAGACAGAAAAGGCACGUAUAUUAAACCAAUUUACGGUACACCUCUGUCCAGUACGACAACCAUGCUGCCAGGCUAGCUGGCAAGCUAACGCUGAAAAAGCACAGCCCAACGGGAGAGUCGUUGCUGAAUCACAGGAGGAAGCCAUAGAAGAAGAAGGGAUAGUGCCACAUCACCAGGCUCCCCCGCCUGAAGUCAAGAUUGAGAAGGUUGCAGAGACGAAGAAAUCCAAAAAGAAGGCCAAACAGGCUGUAAAGGAGACUAAACCAACCACUGCUGAUGGCAAAGAACCAGAAGAAGGCACGUGGGAAACCAAGGUCAGCAACAAGGAGAAACGUGAGCAACGCAAGAAAGACAAGAGUUCCAGUGAUGGCUCAGCAAGUCCUGGAGGAGGGGACACACCUAUCGGCACUCCUUUGGAGCAGCCUAAGGAUGCUCCGUCUGUACCUUCCACAGCUGCCACUCAAAAAAAGAAAAAAGGAAAUGUGGCAAAAAUGAAGGCUGAAAAGGGUGAAAGUGUCGUUCCUCAAGAGUCAUGGCCAGUGCCCACAGCAGACCUGAACCUGGUAGGACUGGGAGUUGGACCUGCUCAUGGUAGUUCAGCUGACCAUAGCUCUGAUUGGAAUGCUCCCUCUGAACCCUGGGGAAACUACGAAGAACCCACUCCUGAACCUCCCCAAGCUCAGGAGCAGACCGCCCCCGAGCCAGCUAAGAUCAACCUAAUUGGAGCUGCUGUAAGUCAGCUUGGGGCAGGAUCACAGCUAAAUAUUAUGGAAGUUUCCAGGACAUUCUUAGACGAAGAUGACGAAGAUGAAGAUAAAGACAAGGGUGAUGCCACUACUGAUGGAGGAGCUAAAGCUAAGAAGAAAAAGAAGAAGAAGAAGAAGACUGCUGAGGAUGGGGCAGCUGGCCAGCCAGAGGAGCCGGCAAAGGAAUUGCCGCCCACGGGCUCCGUGAAGAAGCAGUCACCUGCUCAGGAGAGCCUCGCUGCUGUCCAGCCCGUCAGGGCAGCUGCUGUCGAGAUCCCCAAAAAACGCGAAGAAUUCAGCCGAUUGGCUCGUUCUUUCCCAACCGAGUUAAAAACAGCUCAUCUUUUUACGCCUUUUGAACAGAUAAAAGGGGAGCGACCUGUGAAGGAGGCCGUGUCCCAGAAACUCCCCGUCACACAAGUGCCACACAAGUCCGCUGAUGGAGAGCCCACUGCUAAGCAGAACAACCUUCCUGCUCCAGUACAGCAAAGUAAGAACAUUACUGUCACGUUAAACACCGAAAGCCUCUCGAGGUCACGACUGAAGCAUUUGGAAACAGCUGAGGAGAGCCAAGCGCCCAAACCAGCAAAGAAGAAGAAGGCCAGGAGGGAGACAUGA